AUGGCUUUGGCGUCUUUAUCAUCGGAGGAACUUCUGUCAAAAUUAACAGAGGCUGUGCUUGAAUUAUCAGAGGAAGAGAAGAGAGAAUUUAAAGCCUCUUCUCCACCACCGACUGGUCUCCGCGGCAAGCGGGGAAGGAGAACGUCUUCGGGGUCUUCCUCGGAGGCCUCCAACCCGGAUCCAGCAGAGUCCUUCACCUCCUUCCUUCAGCUGACCACCAGACGGGUAGCUCGGCUGAAAAAGAAGAGGCAGCGGAGGGCAGCUGGGAACCAGUUUCCUGGCCACAAACCUGUGAGAGCCAUCAAAGAGGAGUUUCACAUGAUUGCAGAAUCCCCUUUAGGAUUUCCCAAUGUGAUUGGGUGCCUAGAUGGCACCCAUAUACCCAUCAUCGCUCCUUCACAAAAUGAGGCAGAUUAUGUCAAUCGGAAGUCCAUCCACAGCAUUAAUGUGCAGAUCAUAUGUGAUGCUGCACACAUAAUUACAAAUGUGGAGGCUAAGUGGCCAGGCUCAGUUCAUGAUUCACGGAUAUAUCGUGAGUCAUCUCUGAGCAACAGAAUGGGCCAAGGAGAGAUGGAUGGCCUUCUGCUGGGUGAUAGGGGUUACCCAUGCCAACCUACACUCAUGACCCCUUACCCAGAACCUGAGCCAGGCCCCCAGCAGCACUUCAAUAUGGCACACAACAGGACACGAGCCCGGGUGGAGAUGACCAUAGGCCUGUUGAAAUCACGUUUCCAGUGCCUGCGCCACCUCAGGGUGACCCCUGAAAGGGCUUGUGACAUUAUUGUGGCAUGUGUUGUUCUUCAUAAUAUUGCCAUUAUUAGAGGGGAGCAACACCCUGCCCUACAAACUCAAGAUCCUGAAGCAGACCUCAUACACACUGGGGAUUUCCAGGAUGGAAGGGUGGUCAGAGACCUCAUAUGCCGUAAUGUCUUUGCAAAUUAA